AUGUCUGAACCAGGCCCUGAAUCAAUUCCUACAAGCGCCGAUCCGCGCAGCAAACGGCCCACCAAGCGACGAGCGAUGACACCUCGCUCUGAACAUGCAUCCCAAGUCGAGUCUCUCUUCAAGGACCCGUCAAAAGAGAUCAAGUUACCGGAAACAGCAAAAAAUCGCGCAGUCGCCGCUCUCUCUGCACCACCGGAGAUUGUCACAAAUGUUCAGGGUUCAUCAGCAGGUGCGGGCUCGGGCGAGUUCCAUGUCUACAAGGCUAGUCGGCGACGAGAGCAAGAACGACUACGACUGAUGCAGGCCGAGAUUGACCAGGAGAAAGAUCAAUCGGAGUGGGAGAGACAGCGACAGGAGACGAAGCGGAAGGAUGAAGAGAAAACAGAGAAAAAUCGCCGGAGAAGGCAGAAGAAGCGUAAUACCCGAGGAAAAAAUGGUACGGAUGGAGUGAUGGACGUUGAUAGUUCUGCGCCGGUCAAGGGACCAAUGGCUCCUGGUCAGCUCAUGGAUACGUCUACUUCCAAUGGUGAUAAUUCUGGGAACUAUGUGGAGGAAGUUCCUGGAGUGAUUAUCCAUGACGACUAG